UAUCAACGAUCACACUCUGCCAGAGUAUCAAUAUCACUCUCUUUCCAAAACGGUGGUGAACUAACACGAUAGCCUAACCGUUGAUAAGGCCCCUCCUCCUCAGUCGACCACCACCAAAUAACAUUUCCCAGAGAGGAGAAAGAAGGAUGGCCGUUCAUCUCUCCUCCAUCUAUCCCUCCCAUGGCCCACCUCUCUUCUUCUCCAAACCCAUCAUCUCCUCUCCCCAUUUCCUCCAAAUCUCUCCCUCCCCAUUCCCAUACAAUCUAAAACUCACCCCUUUCUCUCCCCUGUCUAAAACCCUCCUAAAACCCUACCUCUCUCUCCACCAAGACCCAAUUCCCCAAACCCCCCAAGACCCACCUCCCCAAACCCUAGAAGACCCCAAAACUCCUCCCAAAUCCAAGAAUUCCAUCUGGAUCAAUCCCAAAAGCCCCAGAGCUUCAACACUCCGUCGCCAAUCCUCCGACUUCAGGUACUCCUCUCUUGCCAAGCUUGCCGAAUCUUUGAAUUCUUGCAUUCCAUCCCAAGAACAUGUAUCGAAUAUCUUAUCUGCAUUGGGUGAGAAACCAUCUGAGCAAGACGCUGUAAUUGUGCUCAAUAACAUGGAGACUGCGGAGACUGCACUCCUUGCUCUUCGGCACUUCCAGUCUAAGUUGAAGCCGAAAAGGGAGGCCAUUCUCUAUAAUGUGACGAUGAAGGUAUAUAGGAAGAAUAAGAAUUGGGAUGGCGCUGUGGAAUUGCUCGAAGAAAUGAUUGAGAGAGGCAUCAAGCCAGAUAACGUCACGUUUUCAACUAUAAUUAGCUGCGCGAGGCGGUGUUCGUUGCCGAAUAAGGCCAUUGAGUGGUUUGAGAAGAUGGCUGAGUUCGGGUGUAACCCGGAUGACGUCACUUACUCAGCGAUGAUCGACGCGUAUGGGCAGGCUGGGAACGUCAAUAUGGCAUUGAGUUUGUAUGAUCGGGCGAGGAAGGAACGGUGGCGGCUCGAUCUGGUGACGUUCACGACGUUGAUCAGGAUAUAUGGGAUGUCAGGUAAUUUUGAUGGGGCGUUGAAUGUUUAUGAGGAGAUGAAGGCCCUUGGGGUGAAACCGAAUCUGGUGACAUAUAAUACGUUGUUGGAUGCGAUGGGGCGGGCUGGGCGGCCGUGGCAGGUGAAGAGCAUCUAUAGGGAAGUGGGGAGUAAUGGGUUUUUGCCAAAUUGGGGGACGUAUGCGGCGCUUUUGCGCGCAUAUGGUAGGGCCCGCUAUGCCGGCGAUGCACUCGCCGUCUAUAGGGAAAUGAAGGAGAAGGGAAUGGAAUUGAAUGUGGUUUUGUAUAACACACUCUUAGCGAUGUGUGCUGAUAUAGGAUACGUCGAUGAAGCAGUUGAGAUUUUUCAAGAGAUGGAAAGAUCAGAGGUUUGUAAGCCAGAUAGUUGGACUUUCUCAUCUCUGAUUACCAUAUAUUCUUGUAGUGGGCAGGUUUCGGAGGCAGAGAGGAUACUGAACAAGAUGAUGGAAGUGGGAUUUGAGCCCAACAUCUUUGUGCUAACAUCGCUUAUCCAAUGCUAUGGGAAAGCAAAACGGACAGAUGAUGUUGUCCGGACAUUUGAUCGGCUUUUGGAAUUGGGUAUAGCUCCAGAUGACCGGUUCUGUGGGUGUCUUCUGAAUGUAAUGACACACACACCAAAGGAAGAGCUUGGGAAGCUGAUCGGAUGCAUCGAAAGGGCUAAUGCUGAAUUGGGUUCUGUGGUGAAGCUCUUGGUGGAGGAAAAGGGUGGUGGGGUGUUUAAACGGGAAGCCGAGGAACUCUUUAACAACAUUAGCAAGGAUGUGAGGAAAGCUUACUGUAAUUGCAUGAUCGAUUUGUGUGUGAAUCUUGAUUUGUUGGGGAAAUCUUGUGAGCUACUAGAAUUGGGGCUUGCACUCCAGAUUUACACUUCAAUUCAGUCUAAAUCUCCAACCCAAUGGUCUUUGCAUCUGAGAAGCCUCUCGCUCGGGGCAGCCUUGACCGCUCUGCACAUUUGGAUGAACGACUUGUCGAGAGCAGUGGAGAGUGGUGAGGAGCUUCCUCCAUUGCUUGGGAUUCAUACGGGCCAUGGCAAACAUAAGUACUCAGAAAAUGGACUGGCAGCUGUGUUCGAGUCCCAUUUGAGGGAAUUGAAUGCGCCAUUUCAUGAGGCGCCGGAUAAGGUAGGAUGGUUUUUGACGACAAAGGUUGCAGCCGAGUCAUGGUUGGAGUCGAGGAGUUCGCCGGAACUAGUUGCAGCCUAGACUAUAAGGCAUAAGCAUUGCGACUUGAUGUGAUGGAGGAUGAGCAUUGCAGGCCACCAUCUUUAUCACGUCUGCCCGCCAUGUAAGGCAAACUGCUUUGGCACGAAUGCAAUCAAGCAAAGAUAGACGCAUUAAAAUAUUGACGAAUACUUCUGUGGGAAGUUUUAACCAUAGAUUUCUGUUCUCCUUUAAUCUCUCUAAUCUAUCUUUCUUCGCCGUCUCCUUCUUCUUUAGACUCCUCGCCAUCUCCUUCCUUAGCCUCCCUUCGCUGCCUGUAGAUUUAUGAAGAAGAAUAAAAAUAAGCAUGUGGAUAUAUGAAGAAGAAGAAAAAUAAAGGACUCCGGUGGUGGUUGGUGCUAUGUGGGACCCACAAUGAUGUAUGUGUUAUAUCCAUAUCGUUCAUCCAUUUUUCUAGAUCAUUAUAA